CGGAACUUGCGUAACCUUUUGUGCAACCUAAUUGGCUAAGAGGAGCGUGAGUGGGCCUAUCAAGAAGAGCCAGGGGGCGGGCUCGAGCUGCCCAUUGGCCGAAGGCUCUUCACUCGGGCUGCAGGCGGACGGAGCGGAGGAAGCGGCCGCGAGGCGUGCAACCUGCGGGAGGGAUGGAGGCGGUGGCCGGUGAGUCUGCGGGCGCCGCGGGGAGCGGGAAGAGACCGGCCCGCAGCUGUUGGUCGCGACCCUGGGUGUUUAGCGAACCGUCUUAUGUGCAAUGUAAGGGCCACGGAGACGCACGUGUACUUAUGAGUGUAACGUCCUCAAGUUGCAAGUGUUCGUAGCCUGGAAACCUGGCUGGCGUCCGGCACAUCGUCCUCAUCCUCUCGGGAAAGGGGGGCGUCGGGAAAAGCACCAUCUCCACCGAGCUGGCCCUGGCCCUGCGUCACGUAGGCAAGAAGGUGGGGAUCCUCGAUGUGGACCUGUGCGGCCCCAGCAUCCCCCGCAUGCUCCGGGCACAGGGCAGGGCCGUGCACCAGUGUGACAGUGGCUGGGUGCCCGUCUUCGUGGACCAGGAGCAGAAGGUCUCCCUCAUGUCUGUGGGUUUCCUGCUGGAGAAGCCGGACGAAGCAGUGGUGUGGAGAGGCCCCAAGAAGAACGCUCUGAUAAAGCAGUUUGUGUCUGACGUCGCCUGGGGACAGCUGGACUACCUGGUUGUGGACACGCCCCCAGGAACCUCUGAUGAGCACAUGGCUGCCGUGGAAGCCCUCCGACCCUACAGCCCCCUGGGGGCUAUCGUGGUCACUACGCCCCAGGCGGUGUCUGUGGGGGACGUGAGGCGGGAGCUGACCUUCUGCAGGAAGACAGGGCUGCGCGUGAUCGGCGUCGUGGAGAACAUGAGCGGCUUUGUCUGCCCACACUGCACCGAGUGCACCAACGUCUUCUCCAGGGGAGGCGGUGAGGAGCUGGCCAGACACGCCGGAGUCCCCUUCCUAGGCUCUGUGCCCCUGGACCCCAAGCUCACGAGGAGCCUGGAGGAGGGCGGAGACUUUAUCCAGGAGUUCCCCCACAGCCCCGCCUUUCAGGCGCUCUCCGCCAUAGCCCAGAAGGUUUUGGAGACACCUGCCCAGCUCUCCUGACCAAGGCCUCUCCUGGCGCCACUGUGGGGCUGCAGCUCACACUCAGCAGAGGUCCUGGGUGCGGUUCCUGGAACCUGCAGGGCUGGC